CAUAUGUCUUCUGCAUCUUCACAAGACUUCUACAGUCCAAGACCGUGACCAUGGCCCGCCUCUUUGUUGCCUGCGUACUCGCCGUGUCCGUGGCCUGCGUGGCCUCCUUCCAGCAGAGUGUGCAGUGGGGAGGAAUGGGAGGAGGCUUUGGCCCAAGCAGUGGUGGCUUCGGCAGUGGCGGCUUUGGCAGUGGCGGCUUCGGCAGUGGUGGCUACGGUUCCGGCUCUGGCAGUGGCGGCUUAGGCAGUGGCGGCUACGGUUCCGGCUUUGGCAGUGGCGGCUCUGGCAGUGGCGGCUUCGGUUCCGGCUCUGGCAGUGGCGGCUUCGGCAGUGUCGGCGGCGGCCUCGGCUCACAGGGCUACGGAAGCAGUGGAUUCUACGGAUCACAAUCAGGACCCUCUUUCGGUGGACUUGGAGGGGGUUCCGGCAGCAUGGGUGGCGGCAUGGGUGGCGGUAUGGGUGGCGGUAUGGGUGGCGGUAUGGGUGGCGGCUAUGGAGGUUGGAGCGGCCAGAACCAGCAACAGCGAUCUGUCUGGUGA